AUUCCUCAUUGUUAAAGUCGGAAAAAGGGUCAAGCGCAGCAAAACCCUAAUAAAAUUCACAACAAAUUUAUAGAUCUUAUAACUCAAGAGUGGAUCAUCAACCUGUAUCUCCCCCUUCUGAUUCUUUUCCGGCAUCAACUUCAGAUUCUUCCUUCCACAGUAGAGAAUGGAUCAACAAGAACAUGGACAAUCCGGAGCUAUGAACUACGGAACAAACCCAUACCAAUCUAAUCCGAUGAGUACCACUGCUGCUACUGUAGCCGGAGGUGCAGCACAACAAGGCCAGCUGGCGUUCCACCAGAUCCAUCAGCAGCAGCAACAGCAACAGCUGGCACAGCAGCUUCAAGCAUUCUGGGAAAACCAGUUCAAAGAGAUUGAGAAGACCACCGAUUUCAAGAACCACAGCCUUCCGCUCGCCAGAAUCAAGAAAAUCAUGAAAGCUGACGAAGAUGUCCGUAUGAUCUCUGCUGAGGCGCCUGUCGUGUUUGCAAGGGCAUGUGAAAUGUUCAUCUUGGAGCUGACACUCAGGUCGUGGAACCACACCGAGGAGAAUAAGAGGCGGACGCUGCAGAAGAACGAUAUUGCCGCUGCUGUAACUAGAACAGAUAUCUUUGACUUUCUUGUGGAUAUUGUUCCCCGGGAGGAUCUUCGAGAUGAGGUCUUGGGAAGUAUUCCGAGGGGCACUGUCCCAGAUGCCGCUGCUGCUGGCUAUCCGUAUGGAUACUUGCCUGCAGGGACAGCUCCAAUAGGGAACCCGGGAAUGGUUAUGGGUAACCCCGGUGGCGCAUACCCACCUAAUCCGUAUAUGGGUCAACCAAUGUGGCAACAACAGGGACCUGACCAACCUGACGCGGAAAAUUAGCAAGAAACUAGUUUCUAGUCUCGUCCGGGUGGAACAUUGAAAGGAGGAGACUUUAGACAAGAAAAUGAAAAGAACAUAUCAGAAUUGUCAAAUUGGUGUUGUAGAAGAAUCUAAGUGAUUGUGUCAAUCUAUCCUUUCUCAGGGAGAAAAAUUUAGGGAUAAACCAAAAAAAGAAUGUAAGAUUGUAAACCAAGUGUGCUUGACAAAGUUUUUUUUUAUUUCAAUGUUUAUUUGUCUACUCUUUUAUCACA